AUGGAUAGAAGGAACAUCACAUAUUUGCAUGACUUCAUCCUCUUGGGACUGGCGGAUUCUGAAGAGAAGCAGCUGAUCCUCUUCCUGCUCUUCCUCUUCAUCUACCUGGUCACAGUGCUGGGGAAUGUAGGAAUGAUACUAAUAAUUCGCCUGGAUCCCCAGCUUCACACCCCAAUGUACUUUUUCCUCACUCACCUGUCAUUUCUUGACUUCAGCUACUCAAAUGUUAUCACCCCUAAAACCUUACAGAACUUACUGGCAUCCAGAAAAACCAUCUCCUUCUUGGGCUGCUUCACUCAAAUGCUCUUUUUUAUCAUCUUUGCUGGCACUGAAUUCUUUCUUCUCUCCUCCAUGGCCUAUGACCGCUAUGUAGCUAUCUGCAGUCCUCUGCACUAUCCAGUCAUCAUGUCCACAAGACUGUGCCGUUGCUUGCUUGCUGGUUCCUAUACAAUUUGUUUUAUGGAAUCCACCGUGAUUACAGUUUGUAUGAGCAGAUUGGAUUUCUGCAACUCUAAUGUCAUCCAGCACUUUUUUUGUGACACAUCUCCAAUUUUAGCUUUGUCUUGCAGUGACACUUAUGAGGUUGAAAUAAUUAUUUUCAUUUUUGGUGGAUCCACCAUGAUAAUGUCUCUCAUCACUGUGUGUGUAUCUUAUAUGUCCAUUCUCUUCACUAUCCUGAAAAUUAAUUCCACUGCAGGGAAGAAAAAAGCCUUCUCUACCUGUGCCUCUCAUCUCCUGGGAGUCACCAUCUUUUACAGCACAAUGAUUUUUGCUUACUUAAAACCAAAAGAAUCCUACUCCUUGGGAAAGGAUCAGGUGGCUUCUGUGUUUUACACGAUUGUGAUCCCAAUGUUGAAUCCUCUCAUCUACAGUCUCAGAAACAAAGAAGUGAAAAAUGCAGUUAUUAGAGUCCUGAAGAAGAUAGAAGAUACCUGUCAAUUAAAAUAA